UAGUUGCGCAAAGGAAAGAGGCGUUCGUAGUUCUAUAGACUAUUAGAGGACUCGGGCGGUAGGCAUUGACAUUAGCUGGGCUGGGGAAUGACUGAGCGACAAGCCCCUACCUCCCCCAAUGUAAUGCCUCUGGGAUGUGGGGGUAAUAGGGUGAUGUUGCAGUGCGGGCAUAUUUUUCACCACACCCUCUGAAGUGGGCGUAAUUGCUGCGUUCAUACAAGGAAACCCGAACGACUUGACUUGCUUGCCAACAUUACUGUUACGUUAGUGGGCGACACAGACCGGCACUGAGACCAUCUGAGGUUCCAGUAGUAAGUUCUAGUCAGCCGGCUUCGUUUGAUUGUUUUUAUGUAAACUAACUAGCUAAGUUGCAUAGCUACACUGCCUCGCCAGGGGCAAUGAAAGGGGAACAUAUAUACUGUUCAGAAGAUCUCGCUAAUGUUAAGGAGACUGAAUAAUGAACGGAUGCGGAUUUCGCCAGCAAAGGCAACUUUGUCAUUUCAGACACGAAUGAAACAUGGUUUCCGAGUCACAGAAAUCUAACGUUAGCUAACGAGGCUAACAUAAACUACAUUGUCGAGAGACGAAGUGACACUGAACCGUUUCUACAAUGCCGCUAUACAGAGGCGUGGAGAGGUAGUGAAAAGGUUAAGAGAGAAACAGUGAGGAUCACUAUGAAACCCAUCAGCUCCAGGUUUGCUUUCUACCUGGGCUUCCUGUUGGGCACCAGUACGCUGUAUAUUUUCCUGAGGCAGACGUGGUUUGAGAGGGGUUUCAGCCGCCGACCCAACAGCCCAGGGAGCGUCGCAGGACUUAAGGCUAGACUGGAUGCCGAGGGCAACACCUGGAAAACCGAUGCACACAUCCAACUGCAUCAUCACAAUCACGUCACAGGGCAGGACAGCCGCGUGGCAGACGAGCUGUACGAGAAGGUGCGAGUCCUGUGCUGGGUCAUGACCGGCCCCAAGAACCUGCAGAGCAAGGCGCGGCACGUGAAGGCCACCUGGACGCGGCACUGCAAUGUGGCGCUGUUCAUGAGCUCGGUGGACGACCCGGACUUCCCCACCGUGGGCCUCGGCACCAAGGAGGGCCGCGACCAGCUGUACUGGAAGACCAUCCGCGCUUUCCAGUACGCCCUGGAGCACCACGGCGACGAGGCCGACUGGUUCCUCAAGGCGGACGACGACACCUUUGUGGUGCUGGAGAACCUCCGCUGGGUGCUGGCCAACCACACAGCUGAGGAGCCUGUCUACUUCGGCAAGCGCUUCAAGCCCUACGUCCGGCAGGGCUACAUGAGCGGCGGGGCGGGAUACGUGCUCAGCAAGGAGGCACUGCGGCGGUUCGUGGAGGCCUUCCGCACCCAGGCGUGCACGCACACCUCCCCGGUGGAGGACCUGGCCCUGGGGCAGUGCAUGGAGAAGAUCGGGGUAAAGCCUGGGGACUCGCGGGACACCCUGGCCCGAGAGACCUUCCACCCCUUCGGGCCUGAGCAGCACCUGACCCGCGAGUUUCCAAAGAGCUUCUGGUACUGGAAUUACUGCCACUACCCCAUCGUGCAGGGCCCCCAGUGCUGCUCCGAUCUGGCCAUCUCCUUCCACUACGUGAGCCCGGACGUGAUGUACCUACUGGAGUACUACACCUACCACCUGCGGGCCUAUGGGUACAAGCACCGUUACCAGCCCCUGCCCCCCAGAGCACUCAGUGGCCCGGGCAAGACUGAUGCAUCACAGGAAAAGAUGCCAGAUACAGGCAGGACUGAGGAGAAGCAGGAAGCGGCCGCGGCUGCAGCGGCCGGCGUGAAGAAGCCAGCGAGAAGCGGGAAUGUGGUCCUACAGGAAAAGCAACAAUAGCCUAUUGUGUUUGCUGAAGUACUCUUUUUCCUAUGAUAAUGAUGAUGAUGGUCCUUACACAGACUGCUCCCCGGGCAGGGUGCGGGAAAGGGGACGUGUGUGUCUGCUCCAGAGGUUGCCGAAGCAGAAAAGGGCGAGCUGGUGAUGACUAACCUGAGACGCAACCUGGCGUUGUUUGGUGAGCUGCAGCGGAACUCUGCAGCGAGAGUGUUUAACGCCUUUAAGUUAACGUAUUAAAUGUCAUUGAAUCCGCACAAGUUUCUCAUCUGGGAUAUUCUGCAGGGUGGAUGUAUUUUCUAAAAAGAUGCCC